UUAAACGAUAGAUUACUUGAAAACACUUUGCCUUGUUCAGUUUAUUUGAUUUGUUUCGUUGCAGAGAAAAGAAAAAAUGGCGUGAGAUGAAAGCAUGGCGGUUGUUUCCUCCUUACAAGACAAUGAGUACGAUGACCUUGAUGUUGGGUUUCAUCCGCAUAACUUGUCCAGUCUUUCCAUGUGUACUAGUUCCUUGUACACUAAUGAUGGUGACGAUUAUGAUGAUCAUCAUCAUCAUCUUAUUGGGAUUUCUAACGACAUGUCGAGAUUGUCGAUCGAAAGCUUCGAUGCAGACGUGGACGAAGACUUCUUCAGCAAGAAGUUUCUGGAGUUGUCAUCGGACUCCGACCAAGAACCUAGCUGUUACUCGCUUCCCGCCAGUCCGCCUCGUCGGAGGAACAGAACCGGGAUGCUGAUGGUGGUUAAAGAUUACGCCAGUGAAAACGAAGCCCAAAAGGGUGGUUUGGGGAGGCCGAAAAGACGGAGCGUCCGGAGCAAGAACCCGAGGGAGAGGAGGGUUACAAGGGAAAGAUGGGCGGAGUUGAGUGCCGGUAAAAGUGAGAGCAAAAGGAAAGACGGCGGCAAUAAUCACAGCGGGAGUUUCAGUGGGGAGAGUGAAGGGGGAGCUGUCGUGGUUAUUACAAGGCCUAAAGGUGGGAACAGGUCGUUGUGUAUGGACUUGGGGGAAGUGAAGGCGUGUCGGGAUCUCGGGUUCGAGUUGGAACACGAGCGGAUGUUCGAGAUGCCCGGCCGUGUCUCGCUGUCGGGUUCCAAUUUCGAAAAAUACCAGUAGUGGCGGCAAUUCCCCCAUUGCAAACUGUCGUAUAUCUAGCCCUGGUGAUGACCCGAGAGAUGUGAAGGCUCGGCUUAAGGUGUGGGCACAAGCAGUGGCGCUUGCAUCCACGUCCAGGCAUUGACUAAUGUUUUUGGUUCCCUGUUUUCCUUCCUUUUUUCCAAUCCUUUUGGUGGAACGAAUGCGGCAUUAGAGGGAUUCGUGUACCUUUCUUGAUUACUCGUGUGUGGUUUUAGGGUUGUAAAUAACAGGGUA